CUCCGAGCAUGGUUGCUCCUUUCCUCUAAAAUAAUAUGGGGAGAUGGACUGGUAGUGGGAAAGACAUCAGAAAAAGAAAGAAAUGUAAAGAAAAACAAGAACCCUAGUCCCGGAAAGAUCUAACAACCGCAUCCAGUGGGUGCUAGAUUCGUCGUCUCCAUUCCCCUCUCCACCUUUUGCAGAAAAAGACCUCUGGUGGCCGUCAACUUGCUGCAACUACCCCAUCAUCCCCGGAUUCACACGAGUCUGUAAUUCUGUAUAUCGCACUUCAUCGACUCCCAGACCUUAGUGAGUAGCGAGCAGCACCCUGAUAUCAUCGUCUCCACCGAAUCAGUUCUCAUAUCCCUCCCAAUUCAACGCGGCUCAAGCGCAACAGGAAGAACAUACGGUAUAACCUUACCCGAUUCACACCUGCCAGCUGGCCCAACUUCUUCCAUACCAAAACAGCGAAGCCCUUACUGUGAUUGUGCACAGUGCAUUUCGCCUCAGUUUGAAAAGAUUUUACCCUGAACUCCACUCAUUGCUCUUCUAACACCCCUGAACCUGCUAUUGUUCCCCUUCUUAUGUGUCCCAGCCAUGUCCGAGGCCUUUGACCUCGUAUCUAGUCAACCAUACACCAAGUGGACUGUCCUACGCGUCUCCGAGUGUGCUGUUAAUCAUGGUAUCGAGCACAUAUUCAGCAAAUUGAUUACUAAAAUUGGAGAUCCUAUUGACUUUGAACUUCCCGACUGGUUAAAUAAGUGGCAGCCUAUGCCAUACACCAAUAUAAGACGCAAUGUAUAUCACACCAAGAGGAUUAAGAAGCGUUUGGAAGAUGAUGGCAUUUUUUGUUCCUGCAACUCUAUAGCUGGAUCUUCUGGUGUCUGUGGUAGGGAUUGCCUCUGCAGCUUGCUAAUGUCUUGCUGCUCCUCUGGAUGUAAAUGUAAUUCAUCAUGCCUCAAUAAACCUUUCCAUCAACGCCUUGCCAAGAAGCUGAGAAUAGUUAAGACAGAGAAAUGCGGCUCAGGUAUUGUGGCUGAUGAAGAUAUUAAGUGUAAAGACUUCAUUAUAGAAUAUGUUGGGGAAGUUAUUGAUGAUAAGACAUGCGAGGAGAGACUCUGGAAAAUGAAGCAUAGCGGGGAAACUAAUUUUUACUUGUGUGAAAUCAACCGGGAUACAGUUAUUGAUGCAACUUACAAGGGAAACAAAUCAAGAUACAUUAAUCAUAGUUGCUGUCCAAAUACUGAGAUGCAGAAAUGGACGGUUGAUGGAGAAACAAGAAUUGGCAUUUUUGCAACUUGCGACAUAAAAAGGGGCGAGCAUCUAACCUACGAUUAUCAGUUUGUACAAUUUGGUGCAGAUCAGGAUUGCCACUGUGGAGCUGUAGGCUGUAGAAAAAAACUUGGUGUCAAACCAACCAAAACAAAGAUAUCAUCUUCAGAAGCUGCAUUGCAUUUAGUAGCCUGUCAGGUUGCUGCUACAUCACCCAAAGUGAGAGCACUUUUAUCUGCAAGAGAGGCCUAUCAAAAUGGUGGUUGUGUAGCAGGAAGCUCAUUUUAUGAUCCUGCUGAAAGAGUAAGGAGUUCACCCAACUGCAUUGGUCAAGUCAUUAGAAUAGGCCGCUCUUCAGAUAAUGGGUCUUUUGGAAUUAUAAAACACUAUGAUAGCACAACAAGAAAACAUUUGAUAAUGUUUGAAGAUGGAAAGAACGAAUACUUUGACUUGUCAAAAGAAGAUUGGCAACUGUGUUAACUCUUUUUUGUAAAUCACUCAUCAGGAAUGGAGUAAAAAAGUUAACAGGACUGUAGAACAUGCUUCUUCUAAUUGACUGAUGUUGAUCGUUAAUCCUUUGCUGUACACUUGUACCAAUCCAGUUGUAUAAUUGUGUACACCUUACUACGCAAUCCUUUUUCUUCAAUUUGUCAGUAAAGCAUGAGAUAGCCAUUACAUUCAUUAAUUCAGAAUGAAUUUCUAGAUAUGAAAGUUGUAACUUGGUAGUAUUAAUUCAUGAAAUAGCCAUUACAUUCAUUAAUUCAUGAAUUCAUUCCAUGUAAACAUUAGAAACUUGAAAGUGGCAAAGACAAUUUUCUUGAGAUUCAAAUACUUAUUUUUUUGUGUUGAUUACUCGUUGGCUUCUUGCCUUGUUGAAU